AUGGUCAGCCCAUCACGACGCUCAAGGAGUUUGCCAAAGAAGGCUGCAAGGACAUUUGGAUUUGUGCGCGGUGUCAUUGAAGCCUACAACAACCACCACGACCUCGUGCUCCGACCGGACGAUAUUUGGCUCGCGAUUUUGAUCCAGUUUGGUUUGUACGUUGAUGGCAACGCCGAGGAGCUUCGGUCGUCGCUCGUCAAGCACGAGGGCAAGAAAGAGCUCGUUGUGUACGCCAAUGGAACGUUGUACUCGGUCGACUUUGGCGCGCUCUCCAAGCAAAUGGUCGACAAGAUGGACGAGUACCUCGUGGACCCUAGCCUCAAGCACUGGGUGCUUCCGUCCUUCUCUACCACGACCGAUGACGACGUCAUUGUCGGCAGCGUCUUGCUCAUGGCCGCGAUGAAGAAGUAUUUCAGCUACAAGUUUUGCCUCCAAUGCGGCAUUCCGCAUGUGACGCUCCUCGGCACCGUGGACGAUUGGCAAGACAUUCGUCGUCGCCUCGACAAGCUCGCAACGUACGGCGAGCGCAUGCAGCAGUGGACGGCGAUGCUGGCGCCGAUCCUCGAUCAGUUUGUGGCAGCAGCCAAAGGCCAAGCCGACGUUGCGUUUUGGGACCGCAUCUGCAGCCACGAAGGCGGCGGCUCGGGCCCGAGCUACCUCAACGGCUGGAUCAGCGUCUUUUGUGUCUUCAACGACGAAGGCCAGUGGCAAGGCGACAAGAUGACCGACACGGUCAUGCAGCGCAAGCCCGAUGCGGAAAUGCAAGACGGAUGCUUUCCUUAUCAUGACGUCGACGUCACGUACGACUACCCACUCGUCGACAUGCAGGACAUUCCGCCGGGCUACCUCACGGUCGACGUGACGAUCGACGACAACGGGACAGAGUACAAGGCGCUCAUGUUUGCGGGGCACAUGGCUUACAGCAUUGGUGACGACAAGGCGUCGAUCGCGCCGUCGCUGAGCUGGGCGUUGGCGCUCAAGAACGGCGAGCCCGCGCCCGAGGAAACCAACCCGUUUGGACUGUAA